CAGCAGCACGAGGACGUGUCCGCUAAGAAGCUGAGGCUGACCAAGCCCAGCAAGUCAGCAGCUCUCCAUGUGGACCUGUGCAAAGCCACCUCGCCUGCAGAUGCAUUGCAGUACCUGCUCCAGUUUGCCAGGAAGCCUGUAGAAGUGGAGAGCGUGGAAGGGGUUGUCAGGAUCCUGCUGGAGCAUUAUUACAAGGAGAAUGAUGCCUCUGUAAGGCUGAAGAUCGCUUCCCUGCUGGGCUUGUUGUCCAAAACUGCUGGGUUUUCCCCAGACUGCAUCAUGGAUGAUGCCAUUAACACACUUCAGAAUGAGAAGUCUCACCAGGUCCUUGCUCAGCUGCUGGACACCCUGUUGGUGAUUGGCACAAAACUCACAGAGAAUCCACCUGUCAGGAUGAGACUGGUAGAGGUAGCCUGCAAGCAUCUGACAGAUUCUUCCCAUGGUGUGAGAAAUAAGUGUCUUCAGUUAAUUGGCUGUCUUGGACCAGUGGAAAAAGGUGUUGCAAAAGAAUCUGAAAGCCAGGCUGCCAAAGAUGUCCAGAAGAUAAUAGGAGAUCAUUUUAAUGAUCAGGACCCUCGUGUCAGGACUGCAGCUAUAAAAGCCAUGCUGCAGCUUCAUGAAAGAGGAUUAAAACUGCAGCAGGCUAUUUACAGCCAGGCCUGCAAGCUGUUGGCAGAUGAUUAUGAGCAAGUGCGUAGUGCUGCAGUUCAGCUCAUCUGGGUCCUCAGCCAACUUUACCCUGAAAGCAUUGUCCCAAUUCCUUCUUCUAAUGAAGAAAUUCGCUUGGUUGAUGAUGCCUUUGGCAAAAUCUGUCACAUGGUCAGCGAUGGCUCCUGGGUUGUUAGAGUUCAAGCGGCCAAGUUAUUG